UUCUCUUUUUCUCUUACUCUUUCUCUCUCUAGCUCUGUCUCCGACUCUUUUACCGCUAUCGCUUCACUCUCUCUCUGGUACUGAGAUUUAACAGCAGUCCGCUUUCUCCUCUCUCUCUCUAUAAAAGCCAUUUUCUUUCUCUCUCUUCCGCAGUCUCUUCGACCCUUUACUCUCUCUAUGACAUCAUUUUAUGUUCACUCUCUCUCUGCAUCUCUUACUCUUCUCUCUCUGGCUGACUCUCUCCCUUACAGCCAUCUCACUUUCUCUCUUACAGCCAUCUCACUUUCUCUCUCAUACCGAGAACACCAGCCGUCUCUCCUCUCUCUCUAGCUUUGUGUUCACUCUUGGCAAUCAGCUCUCUCAACAUUCUCUCUCCACUGAGCUCUCUCUCUUACCGAGAUAAACAACCAUCAUCACUCUCUCUAUUUCCUCAUUCUCUGUCUACACGCAAUAAUCUCUCUCUCUCUCUCUCUACUCUUGCAGAGCUUGCCUAUAUAGUACCGCCUGCACGUUUCUGGGGCUCCAGUUACAGGGAUGAUCAUUUCUGGUUAUCUUUGUGGCAUUUGAAGCCCCUUUGCUGGAGUAAUUGGCAAUAGUGCGAUUCUAGGGCUCAAUGCCUGGUUUUCUUCACCUUUAGUCGCCGCCUAUUGAAGUGGAGUACUUAAUUUGUAAGCACACUGAAUUCAGUGGUUGUUGAUUGACGUGCGACUUAUUGUGACUUGAUGGUGAGAGUAAAGGCUGGCUUUCACGACGCAAUGCAAAAUGAUACAGUCAAAUCAGUAUCAGCUGAUGUGAAUUUUCUUUCAAAUCGUUUCCCAAACUAUAAAAUAGGGGCCAAUGAUAGCAUUGUUGAAUCAAAAGAAGGUUCAGAUGGGCCAUCUUUAAAGGAGAUAGUAGCUCAUGAAACUGCUCAGCUCCUUGAGCAACAAAAGCGACUCUCAGUCCGUGAUUUGGCUAGCAAGUUCGAGAAGGGGCUUGCAGCUGCAGCCAAGUUAUCUGAUGAGGCGAAAUUUAGAGAGACAGCUUCGCUCGAUAAACAGGUUCUCUUGAAGAAACUGCGAGAUGUAUUGGAAUCACUAAGAGGACGUGUGGCAGGUCGAAACAAGGAUGAUGUGGAAGAGGCCAUCUCUAUGGUGGAAGCCCUUGCUGUCCAGUUGACUCAAAGGGAAGGAGAGUUACUUCAUGAAAAAUCAGAAGUUAAAAAGUUGGCAAGUUUUCUUAAGCAGGCUUCUGAGGAUGCCAAGCGAAUGGUUGAAGAAGCAAGAGCUUUUGCACAAGCUGAAAUUGAGAAGGCUAGAGCAUCAGUCCAGAUAGUUGAGCAGGCCUUUGAAGAACAAGAAAACAUUUCCAGAUCUUCUGACAAGCAAGAUUUGGAUGAGUUAAUGAAGGAAGUUCAAGAAGCUAGAAGAAUAAAGAUGUUGCAUCAACCUAGUAAGGUUAUGGAUAUGGAGCACGAACUUCAAGCCUUAAGGAUUCAACUUGCCGAAAAGUCCAAAUACUCGCUCCAGCUUCGGAAAGAGUUGGUAAUGAGCAAACGGCUCGAGGAAGGUGACUCCAAACUGUGUGAAUUGGAUGGUGAUGAAUCUUUAGGUUCCUAUUUGCGGAUAGUUCCUAAUGUGAAUACUACUCUAGACAUCUCUAGAUGUACCAUUCAGUGGUUCCGUAUAUCAGCUGAAAGAAGUAAAAGGGAAAGGAUAUCAGGUGCCACAAAAUCAGUGUACGCUCCAGAACCUUUUGAUGUUGGUCGAUAUUUACAAGCCGAAAUCGUUGCAGAUGGUGAAAAGUUAUUAGUGACAACUACUGGUCCUAUAGAACCUGCCCCAGGCUUGGGAAACUAUGUGGAGGCACUUGUUAGAAAACCCGACACUGAAUUCAAUGUCGUUCUUCAGAUGAAUGGAGUGGAUCAUCCAUCUCACUCUCUUCAUGUGUUUCAUGUGGGAAAGAUGAGGAUCAAACUUCGCAAGGGAAGGAUAACAAAGGCAAAAGAGCCUUACUCCUCGUCAAUGCAGUUGUGUGGGUUGAGAGGUGGUGGAAAUGCUGCUGCUCAAGCGUUGUUUUGGCAACCAAAGAAAGGAGUAUCUUUUACAUUGGCAUUCGAAUCAGAGAGAGAACGAAAUGCAGCCAUCAUGCUUGCCAGGAGAUUUGCCUUUGAUUGUAAUAUCAUGCUUGCCGGACCAGAUGACCGAGCUCCCCUCGGAACAUAACUAACAUGCAUAAUUACCAUGUCUUAUUGUAAUGUUGUAAGUAAUAUUAAUGUCAUAUUUGUUUCUCUUCUUUUUGCUUGUAGCUUGGUGUUUAACUGUAAGAAAGAGAAUGGGAGUUUGUUGUGUAAUUAGAGGGCUUGCCUCUUGAAAUCAAGGCAUCCUUUUUAUUUGCCUUUGUAUGUGGUAUUAGGGGAAGUUGAUUAGAGUAGGCAUUGGUAAAAUGGUUGAUUUUUACCAUGUUUCUAGUGUUUCAAUUGACUGGCCUAAGGUGGCUCUUUGUAUUUAAGGAUAUAUGUAAGAAAUAUUAAUGUUAUGGUGUUAUUGUC